ACGAAGGGUAGUCCGCCACCGGCCGCCGUCGAGCACGAACGCGCCGGAGCGUCCCUCGGCGACGUCCCUGUCCCGAACGCAAGAGUCUUGUGGUGACGUGUUCCUCCGUGGAUGUUCUGUGAUUGUUUCUAAUGUGCCGGCCGCUGUCGCCGUUCGCUCGCGGCCCGUUCCUCCGAGUACACGCGCUCCGCGAUACAUGGUGAACCAGUGAAGGCCUCCGACAGGUGAAACCGGCUCGGCUUCGCAACUUUUCGGAAUUAUUCUGACCGACUUUAGGUAGGUUUCUGGAUGUCGUGGUACUCGGUGUUCGAGGACCCCUAGCCCGAUUCGCACGCAGCAACGAUCGCAAUCAGCGCUGGACCAGGGGACAAAGAACAUUCUGAUGAACGGGGGCGCCGCGAACUCGUAAGCAAAGGGCGUAGGAUAAUGUGUCGAAGUUCGAGGGAAUCGUUCGGUCGAAAUGAAAGGCGGGGACUGUUGAAAUCGGCGAGGUGAUUACUCGCGCGACGAGAGAAUGUCAUCCUGAAGGAAGCCGAGAAUCACAGAGACGAAAGAUGUGUUGCUCGGGCGGACCUGGCGGUAUCAGAUUGACCAGGUGCGGUGUGGUCUGCGGGAUCGCGGCGCUGGCUGCCCUCAGCACCGCCCUUUUAGGACCCGCCUGGCUUCACACCGAGGAGAAGCUGAAUCUUCCUUAUCUGCCGCGUAGUUAUGCGAACGUCGUGAGUGUGCGAUUCAAGCUGGGACUCUUCAGGGUGUGCCCGAAGAUCGUGAAGCCGGCGAACCUUACAGCUCCUAUUUCCACGCCGAGCUGCACGUACGUGAGGUACAGCAGCUUGGAGGAUGUCAGGCCGCAGGAGUUAGGAUUCCUUCAGCUAGACUUCACCCCCACGGUGGUAUCGAAAAUAAGAAUUUCAGCGCCAUUUCAAGUAGCUGCGGCCGCGCUGGUCCUCGCCGCCACGAUCUCCGCUUUAAUUGGACAUUGUUAUUCGGACCAUAGAACACUCGUUGCCUGUGGAUUAUUCCUACUCAGUGGGCUCUCGUUAGGUGGAGGCCUGAUAGUCCUGGCAUCGGCGUUGUCCGACGCGUCCUGGGAGAUUCCUGGAAAGUACAGUCUGCCAUCCACGUCCAGCAUGCAGACGGACGACAACGGUCUGCCUCAGUACCACUACGGCUGGUGCCUACAGUUGUCGGGGUUGGCUUUAAUACUGGCAGAAGUGGCUGCCGUUCUGACGAUGUCUGGAUACAUGGCUCGUUUCUCGACUGUCGAAGAGAUGGUCAGAGUCAUGGUGCCAGGAGCUGAAAGGAAGCUAAGAGAGCAGCGAGGCUUAAGUUCUGAGUAUCUCGUGCGAGCUCAUCAGAAGUCCCCUGGACCACCUCAGACCAGAGGCUUCGGGCAACCUACGAAAACGCCCCAGAGGGUUGCAGAAGAGGGCACGUCCCUUUUAUGCAAGUCCGCGCCGGACAUUUGCGCCUCGAAUCCGCAGGCGAUCAGCUACGUCGAUAAAGCGGAUCUCUCGCACGUGUUACCAGCGUACCCGGACGCGAAAAACGCGGACCCUGGCUAUACAUUCAGUGGAAAGUCAGAGGCCAGUGUGAUCGAUUCACGACUAAGUGGAUUCGCUGAUAAGGAAGGAUUGAUAGACUCUAGGAUCCUCUCCGACUCUCGACAGAACAUGAUAGCCUUUACGGAGAGCAAGGAGCACCCUGUUGGCCAGGAACCACGGUACACCGAGUUCUCGCCGAGAACAGCUGAACAGAGUAUAGUGGAUUCAAGACUGAGCGCUUUCACCGAGAAAGAAGGUCUCUUGGACUCGAGACUCACCGGGUAUGGCGAGAAGAAUGAGUCUCUGCUGGACACUCCGUUCGGGUACGACACCCGGUACAACACUUUAGCUGGCCAGACAGUGCCCAUCACUCUGAAGAACCAGAACACGUCCGUCUCGGCGAUUCAGUCUCAGUAUAUUUAUCAAAAUUUCGGGACGAUACACUCUGGUAUCCUCAGGGUAUCCGAACCGGGCACCAGCUCGAGCUCCAACUCGAGUCAGAGAAGCAUGACGCUGCAGAAUCCGAAGAGGAAAUCGCAGAUCGCUCAGAAUACUUUCAGCACGAUGGAAUGCGAGAAGAGGAAACGAGGACCCGGGCUGGCUGGUAAAUCAGGAUUCUACACAGGUAGCGCCGUAUGACCACCACCACCUCCUCCGACACCUAGGUAACUGGAAGAGGAGGAAACGCCGCUGUAACUUUGACUAGAAGCACUGGUGGCGUGGAACUCUCAUCCGUCGGAGGAAUAUUCUGUGCAAGAAUACAUUGCCGAUUUCUGCUUUGUCAACCGCGGAAUGCAGGAUCCUACCGCAUCAACCACAGAACAAGCAGAGACUGGCGGAAAGCUUGUUAUCCUAUGAAGGUACUCGAUACCUGUCGCUGGUCACGCAGUUCCCUGCAAUUCAGUAACAAUUGUGCGAACAACUGAAGUUUCUAACAAUGCGGAACUCGUAAUAGACAAUCUGAACCGGAGAUUUUUUUUCAUGAGACAUGUAAAUAAAUUAUUUAUUAUCAUCGUUGAAGAUCAAACUACAUGUGUUAAGGUGGUUUCGAAGCGUACUUUCGAGUGACAUGUUAACCGAUACGACUAAGGACGAAGAGGGCGUUUCGUGGUAGCGUGCAUAAAAUAGCCGUAGCGUUAAGUUAUAUAGGCAACGUAUCUUGAAUGGGUUAAAACUAUAGCGUCGAUUUUACCGAAGAAUUUAUACACCUCCUACGUGUGAAACCGUGAUCAUGCUUCUAAAAGAGCUAGCCCGGUACUUUCUUUGAAUGUUCGUUCAGGAGAUCCCACGGAUUCGAAUCCGGCAUCGCUGUAACAGUCGAUCCACUAACUUCUCUGAACAAACGAAAAUUUCAUUGGAACGAAUUCCUCGGUGAACACGGUUAAUGGAUCGACCGAGAGACCGAAAACUUGCGACUCGCUGUUCAAUUUAUCCUCAAUUAAUCACGUAAUCGCGUCCCAGCUGCAUAAUCAAUCGGGAACGGAGCUAUAAAGUCGAGCGGGAAUAUUAAUGUAGUCGAUAUGCUGUAAUAUACUCGACGGUCGGUAUAAUCACGAAUGAUCAGCGGGGCGUGAACUUGUCUGACCAUUUUCGGGAGCGACGGAAUGCCGCGCGAGACGUUUCGCGAGCGAGAAUUUUUCGAUCGGCCGUUUGACGAAACGUGUCCGAAGAUUUGACCAUAGAGCGGGCGCAGUAUCGAGUGCGCGGAGCACGUCCGGCCCGAAAGAACGGGGAAUUAUAGUACAAAUCCAUUUUUAAAAGCGUUCACCGCUCAAUCGUCGCCGUUGACCACCCGCGCUCGCCGCGGGUCGUCCGAUUUCCGAUCGCGACCGACGCCUAUGGCAAAGUCUCGACGAACGUUCGCCAAUCUUGGACAUAUCAGGAACGUGACGCGUUUUUAACCACAACCGCCGAAAAUCGAGAGAAAACCCGUCGCGAGACUUCUUCGUUCGCUGUCCCUCAUUUCGCAUCGUGUACACUUUCUUACCGUAAGGGUGAGCCGCCGCGGGGGCGGAGAAGAUAUUUUAUGCGCCGCGACGCGCACGGUACUCGCCGGCAGGAACACACACUAUCGAACAG